UUACGCACGUGUGGCAGUGUAGUGGUGAUUGUUAUGUCAAAUGCUGGGGAAUGUGAACCGCAAUGGGGAGAUACUUGCGUAUAAUGAAUUAAAGCUGACAGAGGGGUGUGUGGAGAACAUGUGCUUCGUGUCUAUGGUGUUGUCAUGAUCUAGACUGUCGCGACUCGGGCGUUUCCGUAACGGAGCUCGACUGUUACAGAACCACGACCCGGCUGCUGUGCACCGGGCGACAUACACCUGUGUGCUCGCUUCACCCACUGGGAUGGCGCUGAACGUGGUCGGCCUUAUCAUCAUCAUCUUGUUCUACCUCCUGAUAUUGGUGGUGGGUGUGGUCGCUGCAUGGAAGAUCAGGGUCAAGGGUCAGCAGGAGGGGAGAACCCUGGAGGCGAGUCUGGUGGCGGGGCGAGACUUGCCCACAGCAGUGGGGGUGUUCACCAUGAUCGCAACAACAGUAGGAGGCGGUUACAUCAACGGCACGGCGGAAUCGGUGGCAAGCUAUGGGCUGGUCUGGACUGUUGCGCCCCUCGGUAUCUUCUGUGGACUCUCUCUGGGGGGCAUUAUCUUUGCCCGCGUGAUGCGAGACAGGAAGUACGUGACGAUGCUCGACCCGUUCCAGGAUCAGUACGGCCACCUCCAGGUGCUGCUGGUGUACCUGGCCACCCUGUGUGGAGACCUCUUCUGGACAGCCUCCAUACUGUCUGCAUUGGGGACAAGUCUGAGUGUCAUCAUUGACCUGCCGCUGACAGCGACGAUCUGUGUGUCAUCAGCAGUCACAGUCUCCUAUACUAUGAUUGGUCAGCUCAUUGCUGUUGCCUACACAGACAUAGCCCAACUGGCACUCAUCACGUUCGGCCUGGUGUUGUCUGUGCCAUUUGUUUUGACCAAUGAAAACGUUGGAGACAUUACAGCCAAUUCCAGCCAAUGGAUGGGCAGCUUAGACAGGACAAGUAGCCUCACAUGGGUCGAUUUGUUCAUAGCAAUGACCUUCGGCACGAUCCCGUGGCAGGCGUACUUCCAGCGAGUGCUGGCCGUCCGCAGCGGCACUCAGGCCCGUGUGUUGUCCAUCAUUGGCGGCUGCGGCGCCCUGGUCCUCGUCAUCCCCUCAAUCCUCAUUGGAGCCGCCUCCGUCUCUGCUGACUGGAAUGUCACAUCCCUGAAGGUGUCGCCGCUGGAGAUAGGCGAGUCGAGGAUGGUGUUGCCGCUGGUGUUGAAGGAGUUCACGCCGACACCGGUGGCUUUACUAGGUCUCGGUGCAAUAUCGGCGGCAGUGAUGUCAUCGAUGGACAGCUCCAUCCUCGGUUCCAGCAGCAUGUUCACACACAACAUCUACAACAACAUCAUCAGGCCUCAGGCCAAGAACUGGGAGCUGCUGGUGGUCCAGCGUGUUGCCGUGGUUACAGUGGGCGUGUUGGCCACAGUUAUCUCCCUUCAUGUGCGGAUCAUCUACGGACUGUUCAUCCUGGCAGCCGACAUUGUGUUUGUGAUUGUGUUGCCGCAGCUGUCGUGUGCCCUCUUCCUUCCUCGCACCAACGCCUACGGCGCCCUCAUCGGCUACGGCGUGGGAUUGCUCCUCAGACUGGGUGCAGGCGACAGAGAUCUUCAUCUGGUGCCAUUUAUUCCCUACCCGUAUUACACACCAGCUCAUGGACAACUGUUUCCCUUCAGAACCUUUGCAAUGAUCUGCUCAGCUUUGACUAUUUUCAUCAUAUCCGAAUUGUUCCGGAGUUUGUUCAGUUUAGGUAUCAUACCCAGGAAGCUGGAUGUGCUGAAAGCAUUCAGUCCAAGUACUGUCACCUUGCCCUCCCAGAGCACGACGGAGCAAAGUAUAGCUCUGGUGGGCCACAGUGCAGAGCCAGUGUUCGGACCUCAGGCGGAGCAGAGUAACUGUGUUAGAAGGGCCGAAGUUAGAGACUUGUAGGUUCCUCCUGUUAAUGUUGUACCAUGUUGUUAUAUGCUUGUGUUAUACAAUGUGUAGCUGUGUUAUAUGCUUGUGUUAUACAAUGUGUAGCUGGGUUAUAUGCUUGUGUUAUACCAUGUGUAGCUGGGUUAUAUGCUUGUGUUAUAUCAUGUAUAACUGGGUCAUGCUUGUGUUAUACCAUGUGCAUCUAGGUCAUGCUUGUGUUAUUCCAUGUGUAACUGGGUCAUGCUUGUGUCAUACCAUGUGUAACUGGGUUAUAUGCUUGUGUUAUCCGAUGCAUGACUGGGUUAUAUGCUUGUGUUAUCCCAUGCAUGACUGGGUUAUAUGCUUGUGUUAUCCCAUGCAUGACUGGGUUAAAUGCUUGUGUUAUACCAUGUGUAACUGGUUUAUACGCUUGUGUUAUACCAUGUGUAACUGGGUCAUGCCUGUGUUAUACCAUGUGUAACUGGGUCAUGCCUGUGUUAUACCAUGUGUAACUGGAUCAUGCCUGUGUUAUACCAUGUGUAUCUGGGUCAUGCUUGUGUCACACCAUGUGUAACUGGGUCAUGCCUGUGUUAUACCAUGUGUAGCUGGGUUAUAUGCUUGUGUUAUACCAUGUGUAACUGGAUGAUGCCUGUGUUAUACCAUGUGUAUCUGGGUCAUGCCUGUGUUAUUACAGGUGUAACUGGGUCAUGCCUGUGUUAUUACAGGUGUAACUGGGUCAUGCCUGUGUCAUUCCAUGUAGGGGGCACGGGUGGCCCAGUCGUCUAAGGCGCCGUGAUUCGCUGUGCAGAAUCCGUCCCUUGGGCACGCCAGAAACCGAUGAUUGUGGGUUUGAAUCCUGGUUCGCCCUGAUUAU